GUGGGCACAGGUGGGUGGCACUGGUGGGCACAGGUGGAUGGCACUGGUGGGCACAGGUGGGUGGCACUGCUGGGCACAGGUAGGUGGCACUUCUGGGCACAGGUGUGUGACACUGCAGAGUGGCACAGGUGGGCGCACUGCUGGGCACAGGUGGGUGCACUGCUGGGCACAGGUGGGCGGAACUUGUGGGUGGCACUGCUGGGCACCGAUCAUCAGGGCACUGAUCAUCAGUGGCCCUGAUGAUCGGUGCCGAUCCUCGCUCUGACAACUGCCGGUUCUCGGAAGUACUUUCCUCACGAUCUGACAGCGUGAGGAAAGUGCAGCCGAGAACCGGCACUUGCAU